UCCCUGUAUCACCAUCACCUCCCUCUCUCUCCCCAGGUAUGCUGGAGGAUGGGAAGAAGUUUGAUUCCUCCCGCGACAGGAACAAGCCGUUCAAGUUUGUGAUGGGCAAGCAGGAGGUGAUCCGUGGCUGGGAGGAAGGAGUCGCUCAGAUGAGCGUUGGUCAGCGGGCAAAGAUGACCAUCUCCCCAGAUUAUGCCUAUGGCUCCACUGGCCACCCAGGGAUCAUCCCACCAAACGCCACUCUAAUUUUUGACGUGGAGCUCAUGAAAUUGGAAUGACCCAUCCCAGCACCCUGUCCUCGGGUUUGGCACAUGGAGGAAUCCAGAAUCUCAGCUUCAAGAAAAGUGCACAUGACUUUGUACGGAGCUUUUCCUGAUAGUCCACUACACUCAUUGUAUAACCUUACACCUUGAUUGAAUGCCUUUGGUCACUAAGCUUUGCGUCUGACUCUUCCUCCUUGUAUCGUGUUUUUAUGUCUUUUUAAACUAUACGCCGUAAACCUCAACUCUUUUUGGGUCAAGUUCUUAAUCUUAUUUUUGUUCCAGGUAUAGACUGCGUUUUCCCAGUAGCACGCAGAUGGGCUGACCUUAGAUAGGAGUCAUUUGAACAAAAGGAAUCCUGUUAGUUACUUGUUUUGGUGCAGAUUUAUGGUGUUUUCAAACCAGAAAUUGCUGCUGCUGCAAAAGCCAUAGCAGAGUGAGGUUGUCGAAGCUGAAGGGAUGCAGAGAGCAAGGUAGCAGUAGGCUUGUUUAUAGGAAUUCUGCCUGGAAUGGGACAGCAAGGGAGCCUGGCCUUUCCCUGCUCCCUGGGGAGCAUCACUGGGGGCAUUGUGGGGUUUGCUCUGGGAAAGGAGUGCUGCUCUGCCCCUGCUUCACCCUGCCAUCUCACAGUGGGCCUGCCUUCCCCUCCAGACCACUUUUGGAUUUAGGGAGUUGGGUCUCCACCAGAGCUCCACCACACCCUGAAAAUCCCGUAGCAUGGAGCUUUCUUUAAAGAAAAAGGAAAACUGGACAAAGGGAAGGUGCUGUCUGCAGGGGAGGUGGUGGGGGCUCAACUCAACAAAAAUGCCUCUGUCCUCCUUCUCCCCCGUGGAAAGGAACUGUCAACCCCCUGUUGUCCCUGCUCUGAGCACACCUGCCCAUUCUCUCCUGCCACCUGAUGCUGGUCAUCACUGCUUACCUGGUCUCACAGGAUGCAUAGCUGUGCCCUGUGCCCCCUCCCUCUGCCUUGCCCAGUCCGUUGGUAACAGAAAUUCCCGCCAGUCACUUCCUUCUCCGCCGCACAAAGGUAUCCAGUUUAUUAUCGCAAUAAAAACGCUUUAUGCUGGCUUUUCUCA